GUUAUUCUUAAUAUCUUUUGAUCCGCCGUAUACAAUUGCAAGCUCAGACUGCGUGUCACUCUCGAACAAAUAAUUUCUCCAUUCUCUCGUGUGCCAUGCACUGCUUCUGUCACAGUCUCAACAGCCAGAUUGACAACCAAUUAUUAGCUUGCAAUGCAUUUUCGAGUGCAUAUAAACGGGAGUAGUACUCGGCAACUCGCAGCGCUAGGCUACUUCAGUUCAGUCUGCCACACAAUUUAACACCGGAGGAGUGAGACAUGGAGGCCACGACGAAGAACCAAGAAACGGCCGCCGGCGACAAGCCCGCGCCGCCGGUGCUGCCGUGGUCGGUGAGGCUCCAGCUGUUCGCGCUCGUCACCGCCAACGACAUCGCGCAGCGCCGCGACGGGACCGUCAACCGCUUCCUCUUCUCCUUCGGCGACCGGCAGUCGCCCGCGAGGCCGCGCCCGGACGCGCACGGCGUCCGCUCCGCCGACGUCACCGUCGACGCCUCCCGGAACCUCUGGGCGCGCGUCUACUCCCCCGCAGCGGAGGCGACCCCACUCCCCGUCCUCGUCUACUUCCACGGCGGCGGCUUCACGCUGCUCUCCGCGGCCUCCACGCCCAUCGACGGCAUGUGCCGCCGCUUCUGCCGCGAGCUGGGCGCCGUGGUCGUCUCCGUCAACUACCGCCUCGCGCCCGAGCACCGCCACCCGGCCGCCUACGACGACUGCGUGGACGUGCUCCGCUACCUCGGCGCCGCCGGCCUCCCCGCGGACGUCUCCGUCCCGGUCGACCUCUCCCGCUGCUUCCUCGGCGGGGACAGCGCGGGGGGCAACAUCGUCCACCACGUCGCCCAGCGGUGGACGGACGCGGCUCCCUCCGACAGCCCCGUCCGCCUCGCCGGCAUCGUCCUCCUGCAGCCGUACUUCGGCGGCGAGGAGCGCACGGAGGCGGAGCUGAGGCUGGAGGGCGUGGCGCCGGUGGUGAACAUGCGGCGCUCCGACUGGGCGUGGAGGGCGUUCCUGCCGGAGGGGGCGGACCGGAACCACCCGGCGGCGCACGUGACGGGCGAGGCGGGCCCGGAGCCCGAGCUGGCGGAGGCGUUCCCGCCGGCGAUGGUGGCCGUCGGCGGGCUGGACCCGCUGCAGGAUUGGCAGCGGCGGUACGGCGCCAUGCUGCGGCGGAAGGGGAAGGCGGUCAAGGUACUCGAGUUCCCGGACGCCAUCCACGCCUUCUACUGUUUCCCCGAGCUCCCCGACUCCGGCAGGCUCGUGGAGGAGAUCAGGGCGUUCAUCGGGACCAACGCGCCCACUCAUCACCCCGAUGCUUGAGAAGAUCGAGCUCCAGCUCGUGUGCGUGGUAACUACUAGCGAUCUGCGUGAUGCGAGUGGGAUGAUGCGAACAUAAUUUGUUUGUGGAACCGGUGUGCUACCAUAGUGAUCUAUUGCGUUUUGGAUAA